UGACGACAGGACCCGGGGAACGCUGCUCGGUACUAUCUGCCUGCAUCUGCUAGGGCCACCUUGAUCUGCUCCUGACAACUCGACUCCAAACCCCAGUUCGCGACCAUAUUCGUGGCUUCGUACAUCACAAGCUCCACGCUACGACCACCAGACAGCUUCGAUCCUUGUCUUGCUUGCCGAUGAUGCUUCCAUACGCAUGGAACCUUGACAGAUAGCUUUCGAGCCCCUGGCUUCCUCGGCCCAAGUGACACCUCCCUGCCCCUCCCCGACCAGCCAGCGCCAUGGCAAACCGCUUUCGCGGCGCCGGCAUGUACGGCCGCAGCGGCAACACCAACGGUUAUGGAAACUUCGGACAAUCGAAUGGCAACGGCCAAGAAUACGACCCCUUCGGAGAAGACUCCCGCGGCGGCGGCGGCGAUCGCUACAGGACACCCCCUCCGACCCAGGGCGGACGCGCGUUUCCCUCCCCGUCCUCCCUCCGCGCCCCUCCCUCGAGAUCACAGCUCCAGGCCCAGCAGCUCACCCAGCAGGAGCAAUGGACCAACGCAGAGAGACAGAUCAACGAGGUGCUGGGCAUCAUACAGAAGGACUGGCCGCAGAUGUGCCAGACCGACUGCAUCCCCGUGCAGUUGGCCCUGCAGCUGCUCGACAACAGCUCGGUGGGCAGGGCGCACGAGUACAGGAACUUCCAGCAGACACACCAAUACCUACAAGACUCCCUCAAGGCCAUCGUCCACGACUACCAUCAGGGCUUCAACAGCUCCAUCGGUACCUUCCACAAGAUCCAGGGCAGCAUCAUGCAGAGCCAGAAGAAGGUCCGCAUGCUGAAGGAGAACCUGGCAACCAGCAAGGUCGCCCUGUGCACGACGGAUCCCGAGCUCAAGAAGCUCUACAACACGAGCCAGAUGUACGACGAGCUGCUGCAGACACUGAACGAGCUCGAGGAGCUGAGACAGGUGCCCGACCAGCUCGAGGCCAGGAUAUCGGAGAAGAGGUUCCUCACGGCAGUCGAGGUCCUGCAGAAUGCCUUGCGAAGGUUGAGGAAGCCAGAGCUGGACGACAUUGCCGCCUUGAGCGACCUCAGGAGCUACUUGGCCAACCAGGAGACGGCACUGAUGGACAUUCUCGUGGAGGAGCUGCAUGAGCACCUGUACCUGAAAUCCCCAUACUGCCAGGAGAGAUGGCAGAACCUGGCCAAGACCCAAGGCGCGUUCCGCGACGACAUUGCCGAUUCAGGAUCAGUAGUACCAUUCUUCGAGGUCUUGAAUAACAUGGACUUCGAUACUCACGUACAAGAGGACCCUGGCAGGAACCCCGAGUCCGACACAUUCUCCUACGUGGCAUUGUUGGUUGAGGCGCUGAACAAGCUGGGACGUCUCGAAACUGCCGUCGACACCAUCAAGCAGCGUCUGCCGGUCGAGCUGUUCAGCGUUGUUAAUGACACGAUCAACGAGAUUGACCACAAACACCCCAGUUCACUGCGUGGAGUGUCGUCGAGCACAGGUGGGCUGCACAUCUACAACAACAGAGAAACACAAAUGCGAGCAGAUGUGAUAUACGACCUGCUUUGGACACUGUACGGAAAGUUCGAGGCAAUAGCCGAGGGUCACCGUCUUUUCCACGAAUCCAUCAAGGCUCUAAUCCGCCGGGAGGGCGGCGGAAACAACGCUGCCUUGCUUGGGAGCUUCAAAGAGCUGUGGAACUUAUAUCAGAACGAGAUCAGGUCACUACUACACAACUAUGUAACCACGGACGCGGACCUGUACCAGUUCAACACACCCAGACCGGGCACGACGAACGGUGUCAUUGAUGCUCACAGGGAGCACUUGUUCAAGUUCACCGAGGGAGAUCCGAAGGCUGUGGAUUUGACAACGGAGCUUGACAAGCUCAACGAAACCAUCGAGGACGCGGUUCCCGGCCUCACCGGUGGUCUGGCCAAAGGCAAGGGCGACAAGAAAUCCGGGAAGACCGAUGCUAGAAAGAGCGCCGUUCCAUUAUAUGGUGGCCGCGAACAGAAUGAUACGUACAAAUCACUGGUUGAGCCGAACGUGUUCAACAUGAGUCUGCUGCUGCCGCCGACUCUGGUCUUCCUGGGCAGGCUCAAGAACAUUGUACCACCGGGAUCAGAUCUGGCGACGAGCACUCUGACAACCUUCCUUGAUAAUUUCUUGGUCAAUGUCUUCCAGCCGCAGUUGGACGAGACACUGGGCAAGUUGAGCGAUACCGUGUUCGGCGAAGCAGAUGCGUUCCAGCAAGAUUCAGAUUGGAGUCAGGUCGCAAAGAAACCGGUGUUCAAAGGUGCCACAGACUUCUUUGCUGUGGUCACGGCAUUUUGCAGGAUGCUUGAUACGAUCCCACACGACCAGGCUCUCAGUGCGUUGAUCAUCACUCAGAUGAUGAGGUAUUAUGACCGGUGCUUCGGCUGGUACAAGACUCUGGUCACCAAAACGCAGGAGGAUGGCACGGCAACCCAGGCGUUACGUUCGUCAGCCAUCAUGGCAACUGAGAGUGGCGAGAUCCACGAUACCAUUCAGAAGCUCUGGACCGCCGACACCUUGGACCAGGAUCUUCUGGAUAAGGAGGUGGCACUGCUGAUCACGGAGACGAAUGAGAAACCACUACAGCUCAGUGACAUCAUAUCGGAUAGGGAUACCAUCUCGUCCCUUUGUCUACUGUAUACCAGCAUGAAGUGGCUGUCUGUCAAGGUGUCUUCGCUGAGGCACAUCACACGAAAUGAGACGGACUCAAAUCGCUCCAGUAUACCCAAGCCGGGCAAGCGGAGGUGGACUCUUUUGAAUGACCCGAACAAGGCGACCUCCGAGGAAGGACCAGUGUUCCUUCCGAUGACACUGGAGACAGUCCAAUCCUUCGACGGCAUCGUCUCGUCCUACGAGGAACUCGCCGCCACUGCGCUUCUAAACCUGCACAUGGAAGUCCGCUGCCGCAUCGCCUACUCGCUGCGGGUGGCCCUCGACCCCAAGACGGCGCCAUACCUCCUCGACCAAGACGUCAAGGAGCCCGACCCGCAGAUCCUCAGCCUCAACUCGGAGCUGCUCGCCUACGACGAGACGAUCGUGCGCUUCCUGCGCGAGCGCGAGGUCGCCUUCAUCCGGACGGGGCUGGGCCUGCUCAUCAACUCCUUCCUCAUCGCCAACGCGUCCAUGGUGGCGCCCAUCAACGCCCGCGGCUCCGGGCGCAUGCAGCUCAACAUCCUGGUGCUGCAGCAGAACCUCAAGAACAUCGAGGCCGGCGUCGACAUGGCGCGCGCCGCGAACUACUGGGCUCUCUUCGACGGCGGGGCCGACGCCAUCGUCGCCAAGGCCAAGGAGGAUGCCGCCAAGGCCGCCGAGGAGAACAGCGUGCCGAUCGGUCGGGACCCGGACCGGUUCACGUAUGACGAACUCAAGUCUCUCCUCGAGCUUUGCUACAGCGAGUCGCUGGCGAGUGCGGAACGGGGUAAUGUUAAUGCUGCCAAGAGGAACAUGGCUGAUCGGUUGCUCGAGCUUAGCGAGCACAUGUGGCAGAGCUAGAUGGUCUCGGGAGCACGUGGCACCGUGAAAAGAAGGGUCUGGGUUUGGUGGGGUACCUUAUUUUUGGUCUAUAGACUAUCCUGGCUAUGGGAUAGCAAUGCGUCUUUCGAGCAGGACGGAGCGAGGAGUUACAAUUUAGGCACCCCCGGUUAUAUACAGUGCAUAUGACA